AUGAAGACGACCACCGCCACCUGCCGGCACCGCCAUGGCUACUCCGCCUCCCCUCUCAUCGUCUUCUUCCUCUUCCUCUCCCUCCUCUGCUCCGCGGCGGCGCAGACAACGUCCAACCCCGGCUCGCCGCCGGAGCCAUUCCCCAACGCCUGGAGGGGCAACUUCAACCCGGCCAUGGCCGUCAUUGUCAUCGGCCUGAUCAGCGCCUUCUUCUUCAUGGCCUUCUUCUCCAUCUACCUCCGCAACCGCAGAGAACGCGACAGCCGGGCGCUCACCGCCGGUGGGAACGGCGGCGCCAGGUCCCGCCGCGUUGGCGGCGCCCCGCGGGGGCUGGAGGCGGCGGUGAUCCAGACCUUCCCGACGCUGGUCUACUCCGAGGUGAAGGAGCACAAGAUCGGCAAGGGCGCCCUCGAAUGCGCCGUCUGCCUCUCCGAGUUCGAAGACGACGAUACCCUCCGUCUCCUCCCCAAGUGCGACCACGUCUUCCACCCUGAUUGCAUUGACUUGUGGCUCGCCUCCCACACUACCUGCCCCGUCUGCCGCACCAACCUCUCCCCCGCCGCCGCCGCCGCCGGCGACCCAUCUCCCCCUGCCGGCGACGACGCGGUGCUGGUGCCCGUCGAGCCGCCGGAGCAGGUUGCCAUCACUAUUGACGAGGAAGAGGAAGGAGUAACAGGGGCGGCGGCGCGCAGGGCGGAGGAGGUUCUGCCGAAGCCGCUGCCGGCGAGCCGGGCGGCACGGCGGCGGAGCUGGUCAUUCUCGAGGGUCCCCCGGUCGCACUCGACGGGGCACUCGCUGCAACCGGCGGUGGAGGAGGACCGCGAGAGGUACACCCUGAGGCUGCCGGAGAAUAUCCGGCGGGAGGUGGUGGCGGGGAAGUUCCGGCGGUCCGCGAGCUGCCUCGCCGCUUCGGCGAGCGGUGGGGAGGGGAGCUACAGGAAGGCCCGCGUCGGCGGCUCGGUCGGAGGGAGGAGCUUCAAGAUGAAAAAGUGGGAGUGGUCGGUGAAGUCCGACCGGUGGGCCUCCUUCAAGAGGACCUUCUCCGUCAAGAUCUCCAGGGGCGACGACGCCAGCGAGAGCUCGCCCAGGAAGGGCGGCGACGGGGGCGUCCCCAGCGCUGCGGCGGCAGCGAUGGCGGCGGGUCGAUUGUCCUUCAAGAUGAGGGUCAACCCCAGCACGGCGGAUUCCGUCGACUCUCGCGGCGGCAGCGGCGCCGCCACCGAUGUCCGACCGGCGGCGAGUUGA